AUGAAGAAGAAGCAGAUGACGACGAAGAAGAAGGAGAAGAAGAAGAAGAAGAAGACGAAGAAUAAGAAGAAGAAGAUGAAGAAGAAGCUGAUGACGACGAAGAAGAAGGAGAAGAAGAAGAAGACGAAGAACAAGAAGAAGAAGAUGAAGAAGAAGCAGAUGACGACGAAGAAGAAGGAGAAGAAGAAGCAGAUGACGACGAAGAAGAAGGAGAAGAAGAAGAAGAAGACGAAGAAUAAGAAUAAGAAGAAGAAGAUGAAGAUGAAGAUGAAGGUGAAGAUGAAGAAGAAGAAGAAGAAGAAGAAGAAGAAGAAGAAGAAGAAGAAAACGAAGAAGAAGACGACGGCGAAGAAGACGACGGCGAAGAAGAAGAAGAAGAAGAAGAAGAAGAAGAAGAAGAAGAAGAAGAAGAAGAGGAGCUUUGGCCGCACCUCUUGGCGAUGGAACUGGAGAAAUGGGGGGAGAUGGAGAGCUUGCCGCCGGCGGAAGAAGGGAAAGCCUCGUCGGAGACCAUCUCUGGUAUUCGCGGCGCCCAACGUCCCCCCUCCUCUCAGACGUCUGAACAAGUCUGGGACGUUUUCUUACACCUUUGGCCACCCCAGGGGGACUCAGGAAAUACAAAACGAGCUGAUUACUCCUUUACCCCUCCCAGAAUUUCCUCUAUUUACUCAUAUGCCACCCCAUUGUUUCACCCUCUACGGUCCCCAAUGAUAAUAAUUUGCACUAGUUUCAUAAAAGCACAUAUUGGGCCAGGCUUUCGGGCCAAACGGAAGCCCAUCUUAUGCAUAAGAUAAUGUUAAACGGGCCGGUCCGGGCCGGGCUUUUUGCACUUAUGCCGCUGAAGGUGAGGGGGAUUGGGCGCGGCCCUAGCAGCGGCGACGCUUUUGACUGGUCUUUCACCUCGGGAACGUGAUCCUACGUGGCAGAUAUUUUUUCGAAAACCCCGCCGUGAAAUAUUUUUGCGUCACAUCUCGUCUGUUCGAUCCCGAGGCCCCUCUCGAUGAUACGGAUCCACUACCGUCCACGUGGACAAGCUAUGCUUUAUCUCGAACGAGGAGCUAAUAUGAACUCUUUUUGGAACAUAUUCACGUGGCAUCUUUGUGGCCUUCGGAUGAUAGUCCUCACGUAUAUCGAUUAUUUUGGGCCGCCAACUAGCAGGGCCAGUGCUGGCAGGGCGGCCCAGCCCACGAUUGGUGCAAUAACUCCUGACAAGCAGGAAUCGGAAUUGGAGGCAUCACAUCCAAACGACUCCGCUGCAGAUCGGGCCGAAUCUGUGGAGCGCAAAACCAAAUGCCCUGGCAAGUGGGGUAGUUCGGCAGCUCGUCCGAAAUAUCAGGUGCGAACACGUACCCCAUCUCACCUGCCACCGACCGGUUGUUGCGUUGAAUAA